AUGGCAAGGCAGGGGCAACAAUUAUCGCCCCUACCAAAACAAGCCUCAAUUCCAAGCCAGGAAGAAGAACCAGCAUGCCCAGCAUUAACUACAACAACGACGUUUCCCGCCAUUACACAGGUAAAUACUUCGACUUGUAAUUCCCUUAUAACAUAUUUUCAAAAUAAAGUCGCAUGCUUUAACGCAGGUCGACUUCGUGAAUUUCACAACGAAUGGAUGUUUAUUACCUCAGACGCUGAGAUUUUAGACAUGGUAUUGGGGCAAAAACUUGAAUUUUCGCAAAAGCCCUUUCAAUUAUUUGUUCCUAAGGAGAGAACAUAUAAUCACAUACAAGCACAGGCAAUUGAGGUAGAAAUUGAAACUCUCCUUAAGAAAGGCGUCGUUGUUCUUACGGAACAUGAAAAGGGGGAAUAUAUUUCCCCUAUUUUUACAACAGCAAAAAAGGAUGGGUCAGCAAGAAUGAUCCUAAACCUCAAAUCUCUAAACAAAUUUAUCGAAUACAAACAUUUUAAAAUGGAGUCCUUCUCUACCAUUGUAAACAUGGUUAAGCCCAACUGCUUUAUGGCUUCAGUAGAUUUGAAGGAUGCAUAUUAUUCAGUGCCAAUACAUCCAGAACAUCAAAAGUAUGUAAAAUUUAAUUGGAAAGGGCAACUGUAUAAGUUUACUUGUUUCCCUAAUGGCUUGGCCUUUUGUCCUAGAAAGUUUACAAAGCUGUUGAAACCAAUUAAUUCAUACUUAAGACAGCUAGGUCAUAUUUCUGUCAGUCCCAUUGAUGAUUCCUAUCUUCAAGGUGACGAUUAUGAUGAUUGUGCAAGUAAUGUGUUAGACACAACAAAAUUGUUUGACUCUGUAGGAUUUGUGAUCCAUCCUGACAAAUCAUCCCUGAUACCUAAACAACAGAUGACCAUUCUGGGUUUUACAAUUAAUUCUGUAGAAAUGAGGGUUUACCCCAGUAAAGAUAAGGUGGCAAAAAUAAAAGCUUUAUGCACAGAACUUAUACAAAAUGCUGCCCCAACUAUUCGGCAGGUGGCGUCAGUGUUGGGUGUACUAGUAUCCAAUUUUCCAGCUGUGCAAUUUGGACCUUUACAUUUUAGAGACCUUGACAUGGACAAAACUGAGGCACUAAAAUAA